GGCUUUGCGCUGUGUCUAUGGUCCCUGGUCGUGGAGGAGACGUCGGGAAUCUACAUCGAGCUCGUGUUCCUCGACGUUGCCCUCAACUUUGGCCAAGGGUUCUUUGCGUUCGUCAUCUUUGGUCUCGAUGCCAGGCUCAUCGUCGCUCCGUUCAUCAAACGGUGGAGGAAGCUGUGGUACGGUUCGGAGACCCUCAAGCUUCCUCCGUACGAAGAUCUGCCGGCAGAGACGCGGACCACGUGCGAGCAGUUCGUCAAGUAUCACCUGGAGAAGUGUUCCAAGGACAUCGUGAGAGACAGAAGGUUCCGUCAGAGGGAGUACACGUCGGUGUUCCUGGGAAACGAGUUGGUGGAUUGGUUGGUGAUCGUGGGUCUGGCCCCAGACCGAUCGCAGGCCGUGAAGUACGGCCGGAUGCUAGUCAGGGGACGAGUGAUCCGACACAUCGAGAGUCUCCACCACUUCCACGAUCAGCCGUAUCAUUACGAGUUCCUGCCACUAAGUUGUCGACCUCACAGUUCCCUGUGACGAUGCUGUUUGCCUACCCCCCCCCCCCCCCCUUAUUUUUUUGUCUCAUGAUUUCAUCGUUCCGGUGAUGCUUGAGUGAUGUUGCUAUUGUUGUUUGGAAUGGAAUUUUAUCAUUCAGUAUAUUUAGUUUUUGAUUCGGUUGAGCUCCGCCUGAGCAGAAGAGACAUUGCCAAAGAGUAUUUUUUUUUUAUGGAAACGCGAGUAUUCGAAACUCUUUCAGCAUUUGUUACUCGAGUAAUGUUAGCACAAAAUAACUUCUUUUUUUUUCUACUGCUCAUGCAUGCCAAACGUUUUUCUACGCACUGUUUGUUGCAUUUCUGCCAAAGCAGUAGAUCUGCAGAUUCAUUUGAACAUCUCAGGAAUAUUCCUUGACCGGAACGUUGAAGGCCGAGCUUAAAAAUGUGUCUUUGCUGACUUCUGCUGAAAUGUGCAUUCUCAGCUUGGUCAUGUGGAUCUGCACAAGGAUCUGUCGUGAAAUCGUGAAUCCAUUAUGAGCGAGUUAGUACGACUGGCCAAAUCCACCCCCAUCUUCUGUUUAUGGACUUUGAAAAAACCUAUAAUCGUGUACUAUUGUGUGAUGGAAAUUUUUAGCUUACUGGACUUCCAGGUUCGAGUUGAGUGUAUUUUCGCUUGCUCACACAAGAGGAACAACAUCGAUGAGAUUCACUUGUCUUUCCAUGCAUCUAGUCCACACGUGAUCGUCGUCAUCUCGGUUGUGAAGUGAUUUCGCGAAAGGGUUUCAUGUGGUUGCAUGAUUUGCAUUUUGGUUUUUCCCCUGGUUGAAGGGAAAUGAGCUUUCGAACAAGGUUCAGUGCAUCGAAUCGUCAUUGUGGAAAUAAAGAGCUGAACUGCGUGCUGGAA